CAAGAUUGUUGAAAUGGAGCUUAAAUCGGCAGAAACAUAUGAUACUCGGGACACGGAAGCACUUGGUAUUCGUGUUUCAAUGUGGUCGUGUGAAGUCACAGCUUCGUACACCAUUGAAGAUGCUGUUUUAGAGCUUGUGAUUCAAUUACCAAGUUCAUACCCUUUGCGACUAGCACAGGUUGGAAGCGGCAAAGGAGGAGGUAGAGCAGCAGGAAUCAAUGAAGCACGAUGGCGUGCAUGGGUAUUGAGUGUUUCGGCGGUCAUGGCAUCACAGAAUGGAAGCAUUAUUGAUGCACUAACAGUAUUUAACAAGAAUAUUUCUAUGCAUUUUAAAGGCAUUGAAGAUUGUGCAAUCUGUUACUCUGUUGUCAGUGCAAUUGAUCGAGCAUUGCCGAAUAAGCAGUGCAAAACGUGCAAAAACCAAUUCCAUGGAUCGUGUCUAUACAAGUGGUUUAAAUCUUCUGGACAAAACACAUGUCCACUGUGUCGCCAGCCUUUUUAAAGAAAAUCAACAGUUGAUUUUCAUGCGAUUCUACUGUGAUUCUGACUAGAUU